UCAACUUCCUGUUUUUGUAACAUUAUUACGUGCCUUAGAAAGGUAUAAGAUGUAUUUGUGAAACACUUUAAUUUGGGUUGGAUUAAAAUAGUCAUUUUAUUAAGCGUUUAGCAUCGGGCUAACCGGCUAGCUCAACCUGCGUCGGUUAAUUCUUCUUCUCCUGUUUUAAAUUCGGGGUCCAUCUCCUUCCCCCAUCCUCCGAAGGGCUUCAUGUUGAAGCGCCUGCCCGCUGUCUGCGCUCUGCUUCCCCGCUGCCUCGCCUCCGCCACCCCGCGUACUCUGAGCAGCGACCGCGGCCUUGCCGGCAGGAUGGAGGCGGCCGUGGUGCGGUGCCUUCCCGGCGAGCCGAAGCUCACCAUCUCCUUCUGCCUGGAGGACAGCCACAAGCACAUGCUGCGCGACCAGAGCGAGGCUCUGGGCAAGGUGCUGAGUCGCAUCUCCAACGCCGUCGUCAAGAGCCACGCAAAGGCGAAGAAGUCAAAGAAGAACCGCGACCAGCAGCCGAGCGAAGCCCCGGAGCCCGCCGUGGUGAAGCUGUUCUUCGGCGGCGACGAGGUGCCCGACACGCUGCCGAACUCCGAGGCCUGGCAGGACGGAGCCGUGCUCCAGGUGGGAGAGGUGACGUACAGCGUGCAGAGGAACGCGCCCACCUUCACCGCGGCGGAGCUGCCGCAGUCGCUGAUGGCCGGCUUCCCUGUCUGCCCCAAGCUGGAGGUGGAGUUUGGGAACCUGCAGGACUGCGAGUUUGUGUGGUUCAAAGAAAACUCCGCAAGUGCAAGCAGUCCUGCGGCGGCCACAGACGCUCCGGCCGAGGAAGGUGGAUGGACGCGGGUGGGAUCUGAGCGUGUCCACGUCCCGUCCAAUCAGGACGUCGGCUGCAGACUCAAACUGCUCUGUACUCCCAGAGACGGCCGGCGGAGCGGUCCGGCCAGAGAGCUGGUCUCCGCGGGGGCCGUGGAGGCCGGGCCGGGCGUGUGCACGUUCGACAACCGUCACGCGUACACGUCGAAGGUGGCCCAGUGGCCGGCGGUGAGGGUGGUGUCCUACAACAUCCUCGCAGACGUCUACGCCCAAACGGACCUGUCCAAGACGGUGCUGUACCCGUACUGCGCCCCCUACGCUCUGCAGCUGGACUACCGGCAGAACCUGAUCAAGAAGGAGCUGGCCGGCUACAACGCCGACAUCGUCUGUCUGCAGGAGGUGGAUAAAGGGGUGUUUGCGGACAGUCUGACUCCGGCUCUAGACGCUUACGGCCUGGACGGCGUUUUCAGGCUCAAAGAGAAGCAGCACGAAGGACUCGCCACGUUCUACCGCAGGUCAAAGUUUCGCCUGCUCAGCCGCCACGACGUCAUGCUGAGCGAGGCGUUGGCGUCCGAUCCCUCACACGCCCCGCUGCUGGAGAGGCUUUCUGCCAACGGCGACCUGAAGGACAGGAUCCUGCAGCGGUCCACCUCCCUGCAGGUCUCUGUGCUGGAGGACCUCGUUAAGCCAGGCAGGAAGGUGUGCGUGGCCAACACUCACCUGUACUGGCACCCCAAAGGGGGGAACGUUCGCUUGGUCCAGAUGGCCGUGGCUCUGCAGCACCUGAGUCAGGUGGUCAGGGACGUCGCACCUGGAGCGCCGCUGCUCUUCUGUGGCGACUUCAACUCCACCCCAAACUCAGGUGUGGUCCAGCUGCUCAGCGAGGCUGCGGUUCCUCGGGAACAUGCCGACUGGAGCAGCUCAGGCCCUGAGGAGACCUGCUGCAUGGAGCUGGGCUCCACCUUCCCUCCUCUGCUGAGCGCCUGCGGACAGCCGGCUUACACCAACUAUGUGGGCGGAUUUCACGGCUGCUUGGACUACAUCUUUAUCCAGCCGGAGAGCAUGAAGGUGGAGCAGGUGAUUCCCCUGCCCACCCACCAGGAGGUCACCACCUACAAGGCCCUGCCCAGCGUGUCUCACCCCUCCGACCACAUCGCGCUGGUCUGUGACAUCCGAUGGGACCCAUGACCUCUGACCUUCUCAUUGAGAUGCAGUUGUCUGGAAGUGAAGAAAGGCAUGAAGGAGAUGAGAUGAGAUGUUUGGGAAGAUGCAGAGUGACUGAUUUUCAUCACUGAUGUUCAGUGUUGGGACUGUUGGCUCAUUUUUAAUGAAAAGCACUACGUUGAUUAUUUUACUUACACCCAGCAGAUGUCACUGUUUUAACUUCAGAAGAUGUCUGAUGGAUUAAAGGGACAUAUUUAAGAUAAAUACUCAUUGUCUCUCAUCAGAUUAUUAUUAUUAUUAUUAUUAUUAUUAUUAUUAUUGAGGCCUGGUGCUGUUGCUCAGUGAUGCUCAGAUUGACCCGUUUAACUCACAUUCCUGUUUUAUCUUCUUUUUGAUGACUCUUAGAAGACAGCCUGACAUGUGGAUUCCCCCUUUGAGAAGAACUGCUGCCGUCUCUGGUUGCUACUUAAGGAUUGAUUCCCUAUAAACAUUUUUCACAUUUUGUCAUGCUACAGUCACAAAAAUCCAACGUCUUAAUUGGGUAAAGCACAAAGCUAUACUUUGUUUUCUUUACAAAUAAAACCCUCAAAUUGUGUUGAAGGGUUAUUGAUACUUUUAGGAGAUGUAAAUGGAGCAAUAAUUCUCCUUUUAUUGCAACUAUCUGUUGGUUCCCUGAAAAGAAAAGGUGGCAUAAUGUGGAAAUGUAGAAAUAAAGUUUAUUCUGAGAGGCUGAA